CUUUCUGCCGGCGUACUCUGCGAGCAAAUUUGCUGUUAUGGGUUUGACUCAGGCGACGGCGCAGGAACUGGGGAAGUUCAACAUCACGGUCAACGCAUAUGCUCCAGGGCCACUGAACAGCGUCUUGAUGAAGAACUUGGCCGAAGAAGGACCUGAAGACACCGGCAUGUCCGCAGAAGAGUGGACUGACAAGCUUCGCCAGACCAGUCCGCUAGGACGCUUCGGUGAAUUGACGGAUAUUUCCGAUCUUGUCUCGUUUCUCGCGUCCUCCCAAGCAAAGCACAUAACCGGGCAAAAUAUCUCGGUUAACGGGGGAUCUCAUUGUAGUUGAUCGAAGCGCUGUGGUUCCACUGAAUGUACAUGGUUCAAUUA